GGAAAGGGGCAGUUCCCAGGAAAUUGGUUAAUGAGAGACCAAAAUCAACAAGCGGCGGGCAGCAGGCUGGCCGGGCCGCGCGGCGGGGAUGAAGCGGCUGCUAGGCCUCGCCGUGGCCGUGCUGGCGCUGGCGGCCGCCGGGCAGACCCCGCUGCAGCGACGCGUGGUGAAGGAUGUGCUGGACUACUUCCACAGCCGCAGCAACGUCCAGUUCCUCUUCAGGGAGCAGUCGGUGGAAGGGGCCGUCGAGAGAGUGGACUCAUCGGGGACGUUCGUCCAGCUGCGCCUUAACCUUGCACAGACGGCAUGCAGGAAGCAGACACAGAGGAAGCAGAACUGCAGGAUCACGGAGAGCAGGAGGAAGCCAGCCUGCUUAGCCUGCUACAAGUUUGACAACAGCGAUGUCCCCAAGGUGCUGGACAAGUACCACAACUGUGUCCCCAGCCACCACCUGUCCGUGAAGGAGAUCAAGCACCGUGACGAGGCUGAGUGCAGGGCCGUGGAGGAGGCCGGCAAGGCCAGCGAUGCACUCUAUCUGCCCGGCAUGUAUGCUUUCUCCAAGGGGCUGCCGGCCUAGGUUCCCCGCGCACGUCCAAUGGCCGCUGCAUUCCCAGCCUAGAAGGAGGAUGCUGGCAUGGGGCCCCCCAGCCCCCCAGCUUGCUGCCCCCCAGCGCUGUGCAGUGAAGGGACGGUCGUCCCGCGAUUCCCCCCCGGCAGUGUCCGCAUGCACCAUUAAACCCCAGCUCUGCCUCUG